CUGGCGGCGGGGCCCGGCACCCGCUCAGCCCGCCCCCUCCCUGCCGCCCCGCCCGCGCCGCCGCGCCGGCCGCUGUCAGAGGCGCGUUGUAUGCUGAGCAGCUGUCGUCGCCUGCUGCUGCACGUCCUGGUACCAAGCUUCCCGCCGCUGACCCGCGGACUGCGGCUCUGCCCUCUCCACCUCAUGAAGCCGUUGGUCGUGUUCGUUUUGGGCGGGCCCGGUGCUGGCAAGGGGACCCAGUGCGCGCGCAUUGUCGAGAAAUAUGGCUAUACACACCUUUCUGCAGGAGAGCUUCUUCGUGAUGAAAGAAAGAAUCCAGAUUCACAGUAUGGUGAACUUAUUGAAAAGUACAUUACAGAAGGAAAGAUUGUACCAGUUGAGAUAACCAUCAGUUUAUUAAAGAGGGAAAUGGACCAAACGAUGGCUGCCAAUGCUCAGAAGAAUAAAUUCUUGAUUGAUGGAUUUCCAAGAAAUCAAGACAACCUUCAGGGUUGGAACAAGACCAUGGAUGGAAAAGCAGAUGUGUCUUUUGUUCUGUUUUUUGACUGUAAUAAUGAGAUCUGUAUUGAACGAUGUCUUGAAAGGGGAAAAAGCAGUGGUAGAAGUGACGACAACAGAGAGAGCCUGGAAAAGAGAAUUCAGACUUAUCUUGAAUCAACAAAACCAAUUAUUGAUUUAUAUGAAGAAAUGGGGAAAGUCAAGAAAAUAGAUGCUUCUAAGUCUGUUGAUGAAGUUUUUGGUGAAGUUGUGAAGAUUUUUGACAAAGAAGGCUAACUAACCCUGAAGACAUCUUUGAAAUCAUGCUUGAAUAUUGCUUUGAUAGCUGCUAUCACAGCCCCCUUUUAAGGCAGUUUUAAUCUUUCAAAAUUACAUCUCAAUUAAUGUCUAGAAAUAUAUAGUAAGGCAAAUUAAAUUAUGUGUUUUUUUUAAUUUGUGGUCACAGUACACAGUGAAUUCAGGUUUAAAUCAUUUUAGGUAUUAUGGUGCUCACAAAACGAAGAAGGGUAUCAGCUAAUUCUUGUUAAAAGACUAUCCCUUUUAUCCCUUUUAUGUCGGUGCCUUCUGUGAGCUAAAUUUUUUUUUGUAUGCAUGUAUAUCCCUUUUGUAAUUGCAACAUAUUGGGAUUUCCACUUCCUCUUGCUGCGCAUUUAAAAUUUCCAACCUCCUAAGUGAAUUUGUGGACCAAAAUUGAAGGAACUUUAUGUGUAGCUGGUUCUUGCUCAUGGUGUUUAGUAAACAAACUCAUGAAAUGGAUUCCUAGCAAGGUUCUAUUUAUCAAAUAACUGACCAUUUCCUGUCGAAAGUUAAAACUUAGAGAUUGAUUUAUUGCAGCUUGUGCAAAGUUGUAUAACAGGGCAUAGUCUUUGCUCCCAAGGUUUGAGUCAGGGGACAGGGGAUUCAGAGCCUGAGCAGGAUUGUCAGCUUUCUUCUGACAUAAUCUGUGGGGCAAGGGUCACAAGUAGUGACCUGUGUUCCUAUGCUCUGUGACACAGGGCUAGUCAUCAUUAAACUGAUGUUACCACAGUUCCUAGAAGCAGAUCCUUGACACGCAUUCACUAGUUUAUGCUAAUUUGAUUCAGUUCUUGUUUUAAUAAUUGUUCAAGGAUUUUUUGUUUUGUUUCUUAGACUAAAUACAGUUAGAAUAAAUUAGACAAAGCAAUCUAAUGGUUAAAAUUUCCAUUUGUAUUUUACUUUCUGGAAUAUGUUUUUCAUGGUUACUUGUUUUAAAAGAUUUUAAAAAUCAUUGCACUUUGAUCAGAAAAAUAAUAAAUAUAUCUUAUAAAUGUUUGAUUCCCUUCCUGCUUGCUUUUUCAAUAAAGUUUGAAAGUCCAAGUGAUUUUCUUUCUUUAGAAAAUUAAAAAUUUGUUUUCUUUUUUUCUUUGUUCUUUAUUUCCUAUCCCUAAAACUGAGUGAUAACUAAGGUUCUUUUUUAAAAAAUGUUUAUGAAUGUUUUGUCUGCAUGUAUGUUUGCAUACCAUGUGCAUGCCUGGUGCCCACAGAAGUCAGAAGAGGUCGGAUCUCCUGCUACUAGAGCUACAGAAAAUUGUGAGUUGCCUUGCAGGUGCUUGGAACAACCGAGGUCCUCUGCAAAACUGCAAAUGCUUCUCACCUUUGAGUGAGCUGCCUGUUCAGCCUGUAUCUAAGGUUCUUAAUAGAGAGAUUACUUUAAAUCCUCAUUUCAGCACUUACACUGUUUAGUACAUAGUGUUAAAUAGAACACAGACUUUAUAUAAUUAGAUUUUAUUGAAAAUAGUAAGAACAAGUUAAUGGACUUUUAAAAAUAAUGCAUUUCUAAGUGUCUUUCACAAUAUUUACUACUUGUCGUUAGAAAACAAAGUAUCCCUUCAUGCUACAGUGUACUUACCACAUGCUUAUAUUCAGUCUGUCUUGGUUCUUAGAAGAUUAUAGUGAAUUUUUGUCUAGUAGUUUAAUCCAUUGGGGCAGAGGCUUUGUUGGUGAUUAAUCACACAGCUAUGAAAUGAAGAGAGGGUACAGACUUCCUGUCCAUGCAAGUGAAGAAACACCAGCUGGGAAUGUAGAUACUCUUACUGAUGACUGUAAGAACACCCUUCAGGUUUUGAGAGGACUAGGUGUUUUGAAUAAUCAAAUAUCUCUCUGACAUUUGCAAACAAAUUAACAAACAAAAAACUCACGGUAAUUUCUGACUUAUGAGUAAGUUUGCUUUUUAAGUAGAAUAAUGUGUUGGCAAUACUGAGUUUUGGGGUUGAUGAGAUAAAUCUGACUUUGCUAGUUUAAUCAUUCUGUUUAUCAAAGAUACAGUACUAGAAGCUUUUGCGAUUCUUGAAGGACUUUACUUUUGAGCCUCUUAAAAGUUACUGUCAUUUCCAUGUUCUAGUGUUGGAUGUAUAUGAUUAUUUAGUAAAUAAUCUCAAUAAAUGU